CUGUCCAUUCAAGUGUGGUGUUUCUGCUGUUGCGGAGCCAAAAUGGCGGAGCGUGCAGCUGCCGUUCUGGUGUAUUGAGCGCAAGAUGGCAGCUUCAGUGGAAGACGAGUUUGAAGAUGCGCCUGAUGUAGAGCCUUUAGAGCCGACAUUAAAGAAUAUUAUAGAGCAGAAAUCACUCAAAUGGAUAUUUGUCGGUGGUAAAGGUGGCGUGGGCAAGACAACGUGCAGCUGCAGUCUGGCGGUUCAGUUAGCAGCGGUGCGAGAGAGCGUCCUCAUCAUAUCCACAGAUCCAGCACACAACAUCUCAGAUGCCUUUGAUCAGAAGUUCUCCAAAGUGCCCACCAAAGUCAAGGGAUACGACAACCUCUUUGCCAUGGAGAUCGACCCCAGUCUGGGUGUGGCGGAGCUGCCCGAUGAGUUCUUCGAGGAGGACAACGUGCUCAGUAUGGGGAAGAAGAUGAUGCAGGAAGCCAUGAGCGCUUUUCCCGGCAUCGACGAGGCCAUGAGCUACGCAGAGGUCAUGAGGUCAGACUCGGACAGUUUUGGAAUGGGCCGCCUCAUGCAGAUCAAGAACCAGAUCAGCCCCUUCAUCUCACAGAUGUGUAACAUGUUGGGCCUGGGAGACAUGAAUGCAGAUCAGCUGGCAUCUAAACUGGAGGAGACGCUCCCCGUCAUCCGCUCAGUCAGCGAGCAGUUUAAGGACCCGGAGCAGACGACGUUUAUCUGCGUGUGCAUCUCCUCUCUCUUUUCAUGUUCUUCCCCUCUCUUUCUCUCUCAGAUGGAGGAUUUAUAUGAAGAUUUCCACAUAGUAAAGUUGCCUCUGCUGCCUCACGAGGUUCGAGGAGUGGACAAGGUCAAUACUUUCUCCAAGCAGCUGCUGGAGCCCUACAGCCCGCCCAAGAAGUGACUUAAAUGAUUUCCACGGAACAAACACACACCAUCGCAUCCCUCUGGUCUUCACAUCUCCACACACACCUUCAUUUCCCCGCUCACUUUCUCUUUACUCUCUCUGGUUUUCUGGUCAUGCCAUAAUUGAUGCCGCCAUGAUGCUCCAGUGAUCCGUUCUGAAUGUCGGCCGAGAGUUAAAAGGCCUGUUUAGACGUCUUGAUGGUUUAUGUUGCUUUGUGAGGAUAUAUUUAAGCAUAAGAAACACUCAUUCCUGAUGUGUAUUCAAGAAAGGAGAUUCAAACUGAUUUCAGUGCAGGAAUGUACACCUGGACUCUGAUUCAGUGGUUGAACAGGAGUAGUAUCAGUGCAAAUGUCUGUCUCUAGUUCAGUUCAGGUUCUGAUCAAUAUUAAUAGACUUUAUUUUGGUUCCUGGACUGGUCAGUAUUGUUGUUAAUUGAGAGGGUCCAAACUUGGGAAGAUGGUGCAUUUAGAUGAUGCAGUUUAAGGGAUAGUCCCCCCCCCCA